CAGUAUUCACACUCACAUUCACAAAGGAGGGCAAUCUAGAGUCUUUAGUCAACCUGAAAUGCAGAUUUUCAAGUCAGGCCAGAGCCAAGAUUUACACUCAUAACCUCUCAACUUUGAGGCAGACCUGCUGACCAUGAGUCCACUAGUGGUGCUACACCGAUGAAAAAAAUGUGUCACGUGACACCUUCAACCAAAGUCCCGGAAUGUUCGAAUUUCUUAUUUUACAAUAUCCUUUUAUGAGCUUAUGAUAAUGUGGUGGACUCUAGACCCCAGAACCCGUGAAUGGCUGAUGUGGAUUACGGGUCCGCACUGCAGAGCAUCCGCUAUUGGAUAACGGCAGCUUAUCAGUUGAGUCACUGAGCCCUUGGCGGCUUUAUAAGGGUCUGCGGGGGACAAAUCAAGAGUGGAGCAAAGGAGGCUAAAUAAGGAAGGAGUUGAAUUGCUUUCUGCCUUCAGAGGAGCUCGCUGAAGGGCAGCCAUGCGUUUCGUAGGCUCCGCUGUCCUGUUCAGUGUCCUGCUGCAGGCUUUGGGAGCCCCAACAGAGGACUGGAGCUUGGCCACAUCCAUCUAUGAUUUCUCAGCCACCGACAUUGAUGGCAAUGUGGUCUCUCUCGAAAAAUACAGGGGCAACGUGGUCAUCAUCACCAAUGUAGCCUCCAAAUGAGGUAAAACGCCCGUAAACUACUCUCAGUUUGCCGAGAUGCACGCCAAAUAUGCUGAGAGAGGUUUACGCAUCCUCGCCUUCCCUUCCAACCAGUUUGCCAACCAGGAGCCGGGGACCAAUGCCGAAAUCAAGCAGUUUGCGCAGUCGUACAACGUUCACUUCGACAUGUUCAGCAAGAUUGACGUCAAUGGGCCCGACGCGCACCCGCUGUGGAAGUGGUUGAAGGAGCAGCCCAACGGGAGAGGCUUCCUGGGAAAUGGCAUCAAGUGGAAUUUCACAAAGUUUCUGAUCAAUAAAGAGGGUCAGGUGGUGAAGCGAUACGGACCAAUGGAUGAUCCAAGCGUGAUGGAGCAGGAUCUUCCUCCAUAUCUGAACGCCUAGAUGACCAACACCUCACUAUCUCGCCGUUGUCUCAUUUCCUUCUGUAUUCUUUCCUCUCUCUGAGCAUCGGCGGACGAGCUUUCUUCUCAAUCCCCGAGCCCUAUGACGGUCUGCCCGUAAAGCCGCCUGACGGAAAAGGCAGACUCGAUGCAAUUGGCGUGCAAACCCGCCGGGGAUGAUCACUGAGCUUUUGUUCUUCUGGCCCGGAGGUGGGAGGGAAAAAGAUGAAAUGUAGCAUUACAAACACUGGAAAUAAUGUCUAUGUUCUUCGCUAGUACUGUCAUUGAAGUGUAAAGAGAAGUUAACAACUUUAAUCAAACUAAACAAGAACAAGGACAACUACAGCUCAUUUGAUGGGAAUAAUGGACAAUAAAAACAUGCAAUUCUUUGGCAAGUGUCUCUGACAA